UUUUUCUUUUAGCUAUUUAAUGACCUUUACAGUCUUAUCUGAACUUUCUCAGAAGAUGAAGCAUUCUAAGACAAACCAUCAUUUACAUGAUAUAGGGCAAGAACAAAUGAAUGACGAAGAACAAGACGAACAAGAUUUCUUGACAAACAGAAGCUAUACACAGAAACAUCUCGAUGAAAUCCUAGGCAAGAAACAGGAAACAAGAAAAACUGAGCAAGAAUCGCCAAAGCCCCAAAACUUUGCAGAACGGAUCAUGUUGUGGCUUUAUCAACUCCAAAAGAGCACUAGUAAGCAUUAUCGGCCUAGUGGGUAUUGGCGGUAUGUUGUAGGAGUAUACCAGAACCUUUUCCUGAUGUUUUACUUCAACUGGACUUCCAUCUUUACUGCUCCACUGAGUGCAUUUGCAUUUAUCUUCACAUAUCCCAUUAUUUCUGUCGCAUUAUUUGCUUUUGAAAUUGGACUCAAAAUUUUCAUGGAGCUACUGGGUGGUCAAAAACUAGUUGAUUGCAUGAGUAGAGACUUUGGAUCAAGCUUUAGCAUCAUCAAUUGGGGAGCGCCUGAAUUACUGCUUUCUUCAGAGUCAGCCAAUUUAGUAAGAGCAACAUUACCUGCACUUGGAAAAUCGGGAUCAGAAACCACUCGAUUAGACACAAAUGACGAACAACGUCAUCGAACAUUCGACAUAUCCAUCGCUGAGACAAUGACCAUCCUUGGAUCGCUUGUAUACGAACGGCAAGACAAGAAAAUUACUCAAGCUUAUACUCUUUUUUCUGACUAUAAUCAAAACGAACGUAACCUUUCCAAUCCAGAAAAGAAAUAUCAAGAAAUUCAGCAUGAAAUGAAGCGACUUGUUUGGGAAUCAGAAAAACCGAUACGCCAAAUUGCCCGUCGUUAUGGACUCCAUUUUGCUGGCGUAACUGAUCUCAAGUCGUUAGGCGAAACAUUCUGUGGCCUGUUUUGGCCAAUCAAAAGCGAUGAUCCUUUCAUUGUUGUCGCCUUUAAGGGUACCACACCCACAAACUAUAGCGAGUUCUUAGUUGAUGCUACUUUACAACGUACAGAUGCAAGAAGCUAUUUGUUUGGUUCCGCACACGAAGGAUUCUAUAGCAGCUUAUUUCCUACACAUUUAGACAUGGACAGUAGAGACCCUUAUUACGCUAUUCAGAGUGCUAUUCGAGAAAAAGCGAUUCAGCUCCAAAAAGAAUCCAAUAACCCUUCAAAGCCUGUACAGUUGUGGGUAGCAGGUCAUUCUUUAGGUGCUGCUAUUGGUUCCCUGUUGUUCGCAAGAUGGCUCAAGUGCCCUGAAGACAUCGCUCCUUUUUGUGAAUUGCGUGACGCUUAUGUGAUUGGCACACCUGCUGUAGGAGAUAAUGAUUUUGCUUCUAUGUUUGCCUCCUUUUCUAAUUUACCCUUGUCAAGAACUUGUACUUUAUGGCGUAUUAUUAAUAAGUCCGAUGUGAUAUGCAGAAUCCCACCUGGCUAUAACAGUAUGACAGUCGGUCACUAUGUAGCAAGCACCGAUUUCUUCAAUUACUCUCAUGUAGGCCAUGCAGUUCAAAUCACCCAUCCUAUCCUAAGCGUCAAGCCCUUGAAAAUAUACCCAUCAAGCUAUCAAUCCAAUCUGACAGUAGACAUCAUUGCCUCUGCAAAUAGCUGCAAGGUAAACAGACCGGCUGUUUUCCAAAAGCCCAAGCUAGACAUUUACAGUUAUCCUUGGUGGUUUAGACCUCUUUUAAAGAGGUAUGAUAAUCCUAUCUGUUUAUUGGAAUCUUUUUACCCUUUCUUCAUCAGAGAUCAUAUACCUAUUCACUAUUUUGAAGGCCUAGAACGUGCACGUUCUUAUUACCAAGACGAUACCAAGCAUGUGUAACCGAUAAAAUUAAAAGUUUGUUGUGGUAUUUUUAUUAUUAAACUAGAAAGCAAAAG